UCUCCACCUGCGUCCCAUCAGAAGCAUGAAUUACGCUCGCUUUCUGACAGCUGUGAGCGCGGCGAGAAAGCCGUCACCUAUUCGCGUACUGACGGAGCUUCAGCAGCGGUCUCCCCCGUCUCUGAUCUCUUUGGCCGGAGGAUCUCCCAAUCCCAACACCUUCCCGUUCCAGUCGGCCAGCAUUAAAGUGAAGGGAGGCGAAGCGCUGGUGAUGGACGAGCCUCUGAUGAAGAGAGCGCUGCAGUACUCCGGCUCAUACGGUAUUCCUGAGCUGCUCUCGUGGAUGAAGGAUCUUCAGAAAAGCCUCCACAAUCCUCCCACCACCGGCUACAGUCCAGAGAGAGGACAGAUGGAGAUGUGUGUCACCACCGGCAGUCAGGAGGGGCUCUGCAAAAUCUUUGAGAUGCUGGUCAAUUCUGGAGACAACGUCCUCCUCGACGCUCCCACGUACUCAGGAACGCUGGCGGCCCUGCAGCCGCUGGGCUGUAACCUCAUUAACGUGGCGAGCGAUCAGCACGGCAUGAUCCCUGCGGACCUGAGGAAGAUUCUGGAGCGCUGGGACCCGGCAGAUGCACAGAAACCGGGAAGCAGCGUCCCGAGAGUCCUGUACACCAUCCCGAACGGAGGCAACCCCACCGGAGCGUCCAUGACCUGUGAGAGGAAACAGGAAGUCUAUGAGCUUGCCAGGAAAUAUGAUUUUCUUAUCAUUGAAGAUGACCCAUACUAUUUCCUGCAAUUCCAAAAACCGUGGGCUCCAACGUUUCUGUCCAUGGACGUAGACAGCCGCGUCCUGCGAACGGAUUCCUUCUCUAAGAUCCUGUCGUCGGGCUUACGGAUAGGUUUCGUCACUGGACCGAAGCCGCUGGUGGAGCGAGUGGUGCUGCACAUCCAGGCCUCCACGAUGCACACCAGCACCUUCACACAGCUCAUGGUCUCUCAGCUGCUUCAUAACUGGGGUCCAGGUGGUUUUCUCAAGCACAUUGAUGGGGUGAUUGAGUUUUACAGAUCUCAGAGGAACACCAUGCUCUCCUCAGCAGACAAAUGGCUCAAAGAUGUAGCUGAAUGGCAUCCUCCCAUGGCCGGCAUGUUCCUGUGGAUUAAACUCAAGGGCAUUAAAGACACACAGCAGCUGAUAAUGGAGAGAGCGCUAGAGAAAGAGGUUCUUCUGGUUCCUGGAGGAGUUUUCCACAUCAACAGCUCAGAUCCGUGUCCGUAUGUCAGAGCCGCCUUUUCUCUCUCCACACCUCAACAGAUCGAUGAGGCUUUUAGGAGACUCGCUGAUCUCAUCAAGGACGCCAUGUGAGCAGCUGAUUCCCAGGAAGAGGAAUCAAGGAAUCAAGGAUUUUUUUUUUUUUUGCACAACAAACCCAUAUUUUCACCUUUCAGAUAGUACAAACUUGAAAUUGUUUACUGACACCGUUUUUUCAUUUUGAUUCUUUAUUUAAUUCAGUUCAAUUCAAGUUUAUUUGUACAGCGCUUUUC